AUAUAUGUGCAAUUCCAGUCGGCUUUAUCUUCAGCCAUGUUGGUGGAUCUUGUUUCAGUGAUCAGGGCCAACAGGCAUCUAAUCAUCACAACCGAAACUAAUUUAAUUUAUUGUUCUAAGCUAAUCUACAUUAGUUGCAUGUGGAUUGUGUCUAAGCUAGAUGAAGCAGCAGGAAACAAAUUUGUCAGAGAACUGAAUUAAGUAACUAAUCACUUGAUUAUAAUAACAAAACUAUGGGGAGGGAUGUAUAUUCUAAUAGCCUCAAAUAUUGCAUUAAUUAAUAAUGGAGAUUUGCACGUUUCACAUCCUGAGAUUUCUUGUCUGAGGUAAUGGGAAGCAUGUUACUCGGGCUUCUCAAAUUAUAAUCAAUCUUGAUGUGCGACAAUUAUGGAAGCUAUGGCAGUAUGGUCGGAAGACUCGCUACAUUACAGCUAAUGCAAUUCUUCAGCAACAUGAUACGCAUUUGCUUCUUCCUGAUCUAUAUAUAAUUAGGUCAGAGUAGUUAGUUUCAACAGCUUCUCCCUAAACCAAUUGUAAAUCAACAUCAGUGAAAGGCUUCCUCUCUGCAAACCAAGACAAUGGCUGCCUUAAUUGGUUCCUCUAAAGCUACCUGCCAUGUCCGUUCUAUCAGCUUGCCCGCAAGAUCUCACCCUCUUACUCUAAGUGUCGAGGGACAUUUGGACAGAUUGAGAUUAUCUCAAGAAACAGCAGCAUCGCCUUGCAACAGAUUGAGCGGCCUCAAAGAUUUGUACGAUUCCGUCGAAGAUUUGCUUCAAUUACCUCUAACUCAAAAAGAUCUCACCAAUGAACAACAUCGCAAAUCAGUAGAUGAGGUGUUGGAUGGAUCUCUCAAGUUGGUAGACUUGUGCAGCACUACCAGAGAUAUUUUCUCACAAAUGAAAGAAUGCCUCAAGGAGCUUGAAUCAUCCCUCCGAAGGAGAAAAGGCGGGGAAUCUGGCCUGCCAAGUGAAUUUCAAACAUAUAUUGCCUCAAGAAAGAAACUUAACAGAGCAGUCGGCAAAUGUUUCAGAAAUUUAAAGACUGAAAAGAAGAAUCACAAAGAUUCCAAUUCAGUGGCUGUACUUGCAUUGCUAAGAAAAGUAGAAAAAAUUAGCGUGGCAGUUUUCGAGUCUGUCUUAUGUAUGAUCUCUGAGCCAAAGACAAGAUUGGGGGCCACUGGCUGGUCAGUUGUGUCGAAGUUGCUCCAAUCCAAACGUGUGUCAAGCGAAGAAACUGAUACCAAGGAAGUGAAAAAGAUGGAUGAAGAAUUGCUGGGCCUGAAGUCGAGCAAAAACGUCAAUAGUGUACAAUUGCAGAAUGUAAUGAACGGAUUAAAGUCAUUAGAAUCAACCGUUCAAGAAGUAGAGGAGGAAUUGGAAUGUGUCUACAGGCAAUUACUGAAAGCUAGAGUUGCCAUUCUCAACAUGGUCAACCACUAGCCCUAAAUCUACUAAUGAUUUGUAAAUAUGCAAACCACAACUGUAUCAAGAAAUCGUUAUAAAAAUAUAUACCAUAGCUUACAC